GUCAGUGAUGGAGUUGCUGUCAUGACAACCCUGGAAGUCUGUGCGUGUGCGAGUCGGAGAUGUUCCUGGGAGAAAGGAGGUGCUGAAACUGGGGGAAGCAGCUGAGUUUGGUCUUGGCUCCGGAGAGGCUCUCCUUUCGGCCGGUUGCAUCUUCUGCAUUUUGCCCUGCCUAAACCCAGGGAGGGAGAUAGAGGGGGCACCGCGGCUUCGUGUGCCCCCGGCGUUCGCUUCUUCUUUCUACCUUCUCUGCUGGUGCCGCGUCUCUGUUGGAGGGUUUGGAUGUAACGGGGCGACUGAAGUGUGUGCAUUUUGGAUUCAAGGAAGUUGAACGGAGGGAUCUGCUGCAGGAUUCCUGGGGUUUGGACGUGCCGUGCCGAAGCUGCGUGAAUGGUGUAUUGCCCUUCGUAUCACGCUCCCCCUGCUGCAGCAACUACAGCUUUAUAUAUAUAUAUAUCUACUUUGUAUCUCUACUAUUGUUACAGCUGUCCCCUUCCUCUCCUGGUGGUGACCUUUUCUCCGAAACUUGAUAGAAAGUGUCGGGAUCGUUCUUUUUGUCCCUUCACCAUCUGAGGAAAUACCGAUCUGCUCUUGGGUGGCUGAAUGAAAUCGUUUUCCCCAUCCCCGGUACCAAAGUGCUUAGUUCUUACCAAAGUGCCAUGUCUGAACUGUUAAUUGGAAGAAUCCUCUCCUGAAAACGUGUCCACACCUUUUGCACCUGCCUUCCUCCUUUCUUUUUUUCUGCCGGCUCCUCCCUUGCUGGAGGAACACCAAGGGAGCUCUCUUCAGAUGUUGUUGUCCGGGAAUUUGGUUCUCUGAUGCUGGAAAGCUGAGACGGGAUUUGGGGGAGGAUUAUUAGACUUGCAGGAGCUCCCCUCCCCGCCCCAAACACACACAGUGCUCCUGGUUCGCUCCGUCCCCUUCCUCUCCCCCCGCCCCGCUUCCUGUGCCCGGCUGGGGGGCGCCUGCGGUGCCGCUGCUCCAGUUGAGGGAAGUUGUGGCUGUCGAGGAUGGGGGUCGGUGGGUACUUGCUGCUGCCCUGGAGGUUCCUCGUGGUCCUGUCUCUCAGGCUGCUGUUCCUUCUGCCCACAGGAGUGCCAGUGCGCAGCGGAGAUGCCACCUUCCCCAAAGCUAUGGACAACGUGACGGUCAGGCAAGGAGAGAGCGCCACUCUCAGGUGCACUGUGGACAACCGAGUCACUCGGGUGGCCUGGCUGAACCGCAGCACGAUCCUCUAUGCUGGGAAUGACAAGUGGUGCCUAGAUCCUCGGGUGGUCCUCCUGACCAACACCAAAACCCAGUACAGCAUUGAGAUCCAGAAUGUGGACAUAUAUGAUGAAGGCCCGUACACCUGCUCUGUGCAGACAGACAACCACCCAAAGACAUCACGAGUCCACCUCAUCGUUCAAGUAUCUCCAAAAAUCAUAGAGAUUUCCUCAGAUAUCUCCAUCAAUGAAGGCAGCAAUAUCAGCCUCACCUGCAUAGCAACAGGUAGACCAGAACCUACAGUUACUUGGAGACAUAUCUCUCCCACUGCUGUUGGCUUCAUGAGUGAAGAUGAAUACCUGGAAAUUCAGGGCAUCACCCGGGCACAGUCUGGAGACUAUGAGUGCAGUGCUUCCAAUGAUGUAGCAGCACCAGUGGUGAGGAGAGUCAAAGUCACCGUGAACUACCCACCCUAUAUUUCCGAGGCUAAGAGCACAGGAGUUGCUGUAGGACAGAAGGGAACGCUGCAGUGUGAAGCAUCUGCUGUCCCUUCAGCAGAAUUCCAGUGGUAUAAGGAUGACAAAAGGCUAGUUGGAGGACAGAAGCGAGUGAAAGUUGAAAACAGACCAUUCCUCUCAAAGCUCAUCUUCUUCAAUGUCUCUGAACAUGACUACGGGAACUACACUUGUGUGGCUUCCAACAACCUGGGUCACACCAAUGCCAGCAUCACAUUGUUUGAAAUUAAUGAGCCCACAAGCUCAGCUUUGUUCCAAGAAGAGAAAACUACAGCCAUGACACCUUGGAAAGCCCCUGGUGCAGUCAGCGAAGUGAACAAUGGGACGUCAAGGAGAGCUGGUUGCAUUUGGCUCUUACCCCUUCUCAUCUUGCACCUGUUGCUUAAAUUUUGAUCCCCAAAUUAUGAGUGCACACCCGGCUUUGGACCCACCUGCACGCUGCAUUGUGUGGCCUCUUUGUUUCCAUGGGGGGCAAAGGGUCAGCUGCUCUUCCUAUUCUGACGUCCCCCAUCCGCCACAGAAGACUUCUGAGCUGGCGGUCCUAAACUCUACUGGUAGAUCCAGAUGUGCAGACCCAGAUGUUCCUUGGAGGACUUCUUCACAGGCAUUACGUGUGAUGAAAAAGAAAAAGAAAAAAUAUCUUCAAAACAACCCACUGACAACAACUAUCCCGCGAAACACAACAACAAGAAAUAUAUUGUUACAUGUUUUUCAUUUUACUACAUGGACAUCAUGGAUAAUAAGGGAUUCUGAUUCAUUAUUAAUUUUAUUAAUUAUAUUUUCUGAUAUGAACCUAGAACUGUUAGUGCAAAAACAAAAGAAAACUUUACAAAAACAUGCAAAAAGAGGUGAAAGAGAAAGUAUGUUUAUUAAACAUUAAAGAUUAAUAGUGUUCUUAACUAGGUUUACGAGUGGUGGAGCAUAGCACCGGGCAUUAGCCAACUGGUGAGGAUUCUGCACGCCCACCAAAAAGUGAUUUAACCAACAUCUCUACCAGCGCUACAGAUUUCUCAUCCUUACUUCAGCGUUUAACGCAUACAGUAACUAUGCUAUUUACAAACUGUUUAGAAAUGGAAAGAGUGAUCUCCAUUGUAUGAUGAGUUUGUCAGCUAUGCUUCUUUUAAUGAUACAUAUAUAUGCGUAUGUGUUACACAUAUAUACGCAUAUAUAUUCACACACUUUUUGUUAGUAGAGUACUAGUCAUUUUCUUUCUCUGCAGGGUCCUUUCUCAGACAUUACUGCAUGCUGUAUAUGGCGUUAGCUGUGUGUUGGUCUUCUAAGACAUGAUAGAGUUUACUGGUAAUUGUGUAAUCAACUCCUGCCUUUUUUAUUUUCUUGGGUUAUUUACAUGUCGGAGACAUUUAUAGAAAGUAAAAAAAAAAAGCAAACAAAUGAAAAAGAAAACUAACCAGAUGCAGCAUCUCUUUCUGGGUAUGGGUCUGUGAGGUGAAAGCCAUCACAGGUGGCAUGCUUCCCAUUACCCCCUAGGGUACUGACAAGAACCAACCGAUGGGACAAAAAGAGAGAGAGAAAGAAAAAAAAGUAACCACUUGCUUUAGCCCUGUGUGGGAAUGAAUCUGUUACACCCUUGUGGCCACUGGAGAAUUUAAACUCUCUUGGUUCAUUUAAUUUAAUUUUUAUUUCCUUUUUUUGUGGAUGAAAUGGAAGAAAAUGACAUUUUUAGGUCACCUUUUUUCUGGGAGCUUGGAAAGCAGAGAGGCCUCUGGGAGGGAUCCUGGAUGUG